AUGACUUCUCGUGACGGAUACCAGUGGACACCAGAGGCUGGACUAGCUCAGGGUGUGCCAUCCAUCGGUGUUAUAUCACCAUCAACAAACAUUACUUCAGGAUCUGGACCCUGGGAUGUCAUUGUUGUUGGAGCAGGCUACUCGGGCCUUACUGCUACCCGUGAUCUGUGUGUCGCCGGCCUUCGAGUCCUCCUUGUAGAGGCGCGUGAUCGUAUUGGUGGUAGAUCAUGGUCAUCGAACAUUGGUGGGUAUCCCUUCGAGAUGGGUGGCACUUGGGUUCACUGGGGACAACCUCAUGUAUGGCGUGAGAUAUCUCGGUAUCAAAUGCGUACUGAGUUGGAGGAGUCCUUUGAUUUCAGUCGAGGGGUUAAUCACUUCCAACUGCGCACAAAUGAUGGAGACAGUAUAAUGAGCCAUGAAGAAGAAGAUGCUUUGCUGGCAGGAGCGUUGGAAAAGUUCGUGAAUAUUGACGGUGACAUGGGCCGCAAGAUUUUUCCAUUUGCCCAUGAUCCAUUUCAUGUGGCGGAGGCGCGGAAGUACGAUGGUAUGUCUGCGAAAGACUGCCUGCAGGAGAUAAGCCUGUCUCUCACUCCCAACGAGCGUUCAGUUUUGGAGAGUUUCAUCCUGCUUUGUAGCUGUGGAACUCUGGAGACAACGAGCUUUUUCGAAUUCCUACACUGGUGGUCCUUAUGUGGCUACUCAUACCGUGGCUGUAUGGAUCAUUUGAUCUCCUACAAAUUCAAGGGAGGCCAGUCAUCAUUCGCGAUCAAGUUCUUCCAAGAGGCGUUGUCAACUGGCAACUUGUCCUAUGUUUUCAACACUCCAGUCAAGUCUAUAACCGAUCAGGGAGAUAAGGUGGCACUGGUAUCUCGCGAUGGAAGUCAAUAUUCGGCCACUCGCUUGGUUUCCACUAUCCCUCUCAACGUGCUGAAUUUUGUUGCAUUCAGUCCUCCACUUGACCCUCAACGAGCUUCGGCAACGAACAGAGGCCAUGUGAAUCAAUGUGUCAAGGUUCAUGCUGAGAUCUCAAACAAAGACAUGCGAUCAUGGACAGGCAUCUCUUACCCCUUCAACAAGUUGACAUACGCCAUUGGAGAUGGUACGACACCUGCUGGGAACACUCACAUAGUCUGCUUCGGAGGUUUUAACAACCACAUCCAACCCGAGGAGGAUAUUGAUGAGACCAAGAAGGCAGUUGAGAACCUGGCUCCAGGAAACAUGGAUAUUCAGAGAUUGGUAUUCCAUAAUUGGUCCAAGGAUGAAUUUGCAAAGGGAGCUUGGUUCUUCUCGCCUCCAAAGCUUCUAUCUACAUCAUUGGAUGCUUUGCGUGCUCGUCAUGGUAACAUUGCCUUUGCCAACUCGGACUGGGCUGUCGGUUGGCGUAGUUUCAUUGAUGGCGCUAUUGAAGAAGGUACUCGAGCAGCCAUGACAGUUAAGGAGGAGCUGAGACCUAGUGUGGUCCCUCGACCACAUCUGUAG